AUGUCGAACCGUAUACAGAUCGCUAUCGACCGAGGCGGCACUUUCACCGACUGUCUUGGUCGUGUCCCUCCUUCCAAUCCCGGCGAAGCUCCCAAAGACAUUGUCAUCAAGCUCCUUUCUCACGACCCGUCCAACUACAAAGAUGCUCCCACCGAAGGUGUCCGUCGUAUUCUCGAACAAGCGUACAACAUCUCCAUCCCUCGAGGUCAAAAGAUCGACACCUCCAAAAUCGACUACAUCCGCCUCUCCACUACCGUAGCCACCAAUGCAUUGCUCGAGAGGAAAGGUGAACGUCAUGCACUCGUCAUCACCAAGGGUUUCAAAGAUCUGGUCCAGAUUGGAAACCAGAGUCGACCCAAGAUCUUCGAUUUGGCGAUUAAAAAACCGGAAGUGUUGUACUCAGGUGUGCUGGAGGUAGAUGAACGAGUUACGUUGGUGGGGUAUACUUCGGAUCCAAAGGCGAGAGAGAAUGCGGUGCAGUUCGAUCUCGAUUGCUCCACCAACAAUGGCGACUACUCAGCGAAGAUAACAAAGCCGUAUUCUGGUACGGAUCAACCGCCGAAUGCGUACGACGAGAAUGGUCGUUCUACAGGGCCACCUGAAAUCGUACGCGGUAUCUCAGGAGAAGCUGUGGCUAUUCUUAAAAAGCCAGACGAAGCUCUUCUCAAAAAGCAACUUGAAGCGCUGUAUCACGAUCAUGGAUACCGAUCGCUAGCUGUUGUGCUGAUGCAUAGCUAUACAUACCCGCUUCACGAGCAGAUCAUCAAACGGAUCGCUCUCGAUAUUGGUUUCGAGACGGUGAGCUGUUCUAGUCAGCUGAUGCCAAUGAUCAAGAUGGUUCCCCGUGCUACGUCUUCCACUGCCGAUGCGUACUUGACACCUGUGUUGCAGGCGUAUAUCGAUGGAUUUUUUUUCGGUUUCGAAGAUUCGUUGCGAUCAGGUGAAGCAGGGACGAAGGUAGAGUUUAUGAUGUCAGAUGGUGGAUUGACGAGUGUGGAUCAUUUCUCGGGAUUGAAAUCGAUCAUCUCCGGUCCUGCGGGCGGUGUGGUUGGUAUGGCACUGACGAGCUAUGAUAAGCAGGAUAAGAGACCUAUUAUUGGCUUCGAUAUGGGUGGGACCUCUACUGAUGUUAGUCGAUAUGAUGGACAGUACGAACAAGUAUUCGAGACUAUACUGGAUGGGAUUACUAUUCAAAGUCCACAGUUGGACGUCAAUACGGUGGCUAGCGGUGGUAGUAGUCGGCUGUUCUUCCGUAAUGGGUUGUUUGCAGUUGGUCCAGAAUCGGCUUCAGCACAUCCCGGUCCAACAUGCUACCGCAAAGGAGGACCUUUGGCGAUCACCGAUGCGAACCUUGUUACUGGUCGUCUCGCCGUCGAAAUGUUCCCUAAAAUCUUCGGACCCAACGAAGAUCAAGGUCUGGACCAGGAAGCGAGUCAAAAUGCCUUGGCCGAACUCACUGAUCAAAUCAACGCCGACACGAGUGGCGAAUCCAAAAAGCGUACUUUGUCGGUGGAUGAAGUAGCACAAGGAUUCAUCCGCAUUGCUAACGAGACUAUGUGUCGACCCAUUCGAGCGCUUACAGAAGCCCGUGGGUAUAGUGCAUCCAAGCACAUCCUUGCGAGCUUUGGUGGUGCAGGUGGCCAGCAUGCCUGUUCAUUAGCAAGAUCGCUGGGGAUAAAGACGGUCAUCAUUCAUAAGUACUCGAGUAUCUUGAGUGCUUAUGGUAUGGCUUUGGCGGAUAGGGUGUUUGAGCAUCAGGAGCCGUGUUCUGAGACUUGGGAAGGUGCCGAGAGCGAUGCGAAGAGAAGGAUUGAGAAGAGGGUGAAUCAGUUAAGGGAAAAAGUGCAGGAGGAGCUCAAGACGCAAGGUUUCAAAGAGGAUAGGAUUGAAUUGCAGACUUUGCUGAACUUAAGGUAUGAGGGAACGGAUACGGCGCUGAUGACAUUGCAGCCUGAGAAUGGUGGGUGGGACUUUGAGAGGGUGUUUGUGGAGAAGUACAAGCAGGAGUUCGGGUUCGUGUUGGAGGAUAAAAACAUCAUUGUGGAUGAUGUUAGGGUCAAGGGGAUCGGAAAGUCGUUCGACUCGUUGGGGCAGACAGUGUUGGCAGAAUACCGCGAGUUGUUUGAGUCGAAAGGUGAGGUCAAGGCAACAGACACAGACAAGUUGGAGAAGUUGGCAGUGCGGAAAGUCUACUUUGACAACGAAGGGAGGUUGGAGACACCCAUCAUCAAGUUGGAUCAGCUGGAGUAUGGAAUUUGUCUCAAUGGGCCGGCGAUUCUGGUCGAUCAGACGCAAACCAUCUUGUUGGAACCCAAGUGUGUGGCUAAUCUCACUUCGCAGGCUGUGCUCAUCGACAUUCUGUACGACUAG